AUGAAAACCAAAAAUCAAAAAAUAAUAUUUUUAAUAUCAAUAAUAGUUUUUUUGGCAUUUUCACCAAAUAGUGUUCAAUCAGAUGACACAUCAUGCACACAAAAUUUAAUCAACACACUAUUUAGUAAUGCUCCAUCAAAUAUAGUAUUGUGCACAGGUGAAAGUGGGUAUACAAGUUCAGAUAAUACAUGGUCAUAUAUUGGCAUUUGCAAAGAUAGUGUUACAUUGGAAUCAUUGUCUAUAACAUCAGUAACAUUAAAUUCAAACUCUUUACAAUCAAAUCUUUUAAGUUGUUUUACUUCAUUAACUCAAUUAACUUUAACAAAUUUAUCAUUUGAUCAAGAUGCAUUUGGAAGCGGUAGUGCCACCAAUGUAGCUCUCAAUACAUGCUCAUUUAAAAACCAAUUAAUCUCAUCAAAUGGUAAUUCAAUAUCACCAACCACAACCAAAUUUUUUAUGAAAAUAAAUGAUCAGCUCAAUUUACCUCAAUUAAACCUAAAGACAAUAAAAAAUUUAAAAUCUUUCGAAUUGGUCCAUGACAUAACAGUUCAAGUGAAUAAUUAUGUAACCUAUAUAAAUGAUCUAGUACCUAAUGAAACUGAUUUUGAACUUUUAACUUUAACAUCAAAUGAAAUACCAUCAUUUGAUAAUAUCAAGGCAUCAGAUUUAUUUUUUAAUUUAGUUAAGGCGUCAAUGGUACCAUCAUUUGAUAAUUUUAAUACAUUAAAUUCAGUCAUUGGAUUUUAUUUCAAUUUUAAUUUUGAUAGCGAUUCAGAAAUCGAUUUCCCAACCUCAUUUAGUUUAGCAACCAACAUUGAAGAAUUAACUUUAACAGGUCAACUUAAAAAACCUACAGCUACUUUAUCUCUUCCACCAAAUACUAUAAAGCUAACAAUUGCAGACAGCCCAAAUUUUAAUAUUGACGGGGUUUUUCCUUUAUUGUUACCAAACUCCUUAACCACCAUCACCAUAAGUAAUUUAGGGUUAACCAACUUACCAACUUUCCCACAAAAUAUUCAAUCAAUUUAUUUUGAAAAUAAUGACUUAAUACAAUCAAGCAGUAAUCUACCAGAUCUUUCAAGCUAUAGCAAUUUAAAAAAAGUUUCUUUUGUUAAUUGUGGAUAUACAGGAUCAAUACCUCAAAGCUAUUGUGAAUACAGUGACAUAAAUUUAACAAAAAAUAACCUUCAAAACUCAGUUCCACAAUGUUUAGUUUGUUAUAUGGAUGAAACAUAUAAUAGUUUUAGUUUUAACAAUAACCCAUCAUUAACUAUCGGGUCUUGUGAACCAGGCUCAAUCAUACCAAAUUUAUCAUAUGAUGACAACACAAAGAUUUUAGCAUUAACAGGUCAAAAUUUAGGAAAUGUUGGUCCAACUAUUAUAGGAAAUGGUCAACAAUUUCAAGUUGUAACACCUCAAUCCUCAUUUACUUUAGUAUGGGACGAGUCGACCUAUGGAACAAUACCAGAUACCAUUCAAAUGUAUUUCGGGAAAGAUGUUUUUACAUUAGCCACAAGAGUUUUAACACCUUCAAUCCAAACUAUCAAAAAAUCAAAUUCAAAUUUUACUUUUUCUGGUUCAAAUUUCUCCUAUAAUAAAGAUGAUAUUCAAAUUAUUGUUUCAAAAUAUCAAUGUAUUAUUACCUUGGUGCAAUUUAAUACUAUAGAAUGUUAUUUCGAUAAGAAACUGCCAAUUGGUCAAGAUAUUUCUGCAACUAUUCAAAAUGUUAAACCACCGACCUCAGUGGUGGUUCACUUUACAGUUAAUACUCUAUAUGACACAACAACUAUAGUGAAGUUUUGUCCCACUGAUUGUAACAUUGGUUCGGGAUGGGGCAGAUGCUCAAGUACCACAGGUGAAUGUUUAUGUACAACUUACUAUACCGGUGAUUCAUGCAGUAUCCCAAGCCCAUUUUUGUCGUCGGUUUCAUCAACAACAAUUAAAGGUGGUCUAGUAAACCUAUAUGGGUGGUUUGGUAAUGUUAGUCAUAGUGACCUAUCAAUUAGAAUUGGUGAAUUAAACUGUGUGGUCCAUUUUACCGAUAACUUUUUUUCAAAUUGUACCAUUGGUCCUGGUAAUGGUACAGUUUCCGUAACGCUGACACAAAAUGGUUAUGUUUGGACUGGUUAUAAUAAAUUCCACUUUAUCGAACCUUCUUAUAAAUGUCCAAAGAAUUGCUCAAACCACGGUGUAUGCAAUGAUCUGAUAGGCCAAUGCAAAUGCAAUAGUGGUUGGGGUGGAUGUGCAUGCAACUCUUAUAUACCACCUACUACAAGUGAAGCCUCGUCUUCCAGCCAUGAAAUAUCUUCUCCAACAGUAUCCAUUCCACAAUCAAAUACAACUAUUAAUGAAACAAUUGGAUCAGCACUUAUAAAUAAUCAACAGACUACUUUUGAAAUUUCAAUUCUUUCAUUAUUGGAGCUUGAUUUCGAAAAUAAUAUUAUAAAUAUAUAUAACUUAACCAACCAAUGGAGUACUGCCACUAUCAAUAACUCAACUUAUACAUUUCAGCAAUCAAUUCAAGAGUCAUGCUUAAUUACAUAUACAAUACAACAAAUUAAUACACCUACAGAAUUGGAAUAUGCAGGUUUAAAUUUAGAAUUAGAGAAAGACUCCAUUAAAAUAUCAGUUUUAAUUCAAAACUACACAUUUUCCAGUGCACUAAAUCAACUUCAGCUCCGACUAGAGUCCUCAGUAUAUAGCAACAAUACAGAAUCUUUUGACAACGAAUGCAACAAUAAAGAUAGUGAAGCAGAGAUGGAUGGAAUCGAUAAAAAUCAACUUUUAAACUUUGUAUUACUUUCAAAAAAUAAUAAAAUAUUAAAUGCAGUUUUUGUAAAUAGAAUUAUGAGUGAUUCAAGACAAACGUUUAUUACAAAUACAAUCAUAUCAAAUAAAACAACUUCAAAUAAUAAAUACUCGAUAGUAAUCGGUCUAAAUUUACCCCACUGCACCCACGAAUGUUUUAUAGAUCCAAACUUUAGCCUACUGGUAGAUAGCCAUUUUAAUAAAUGCCAACCUAAUGGAAGACCUGUUUGGGUAUUAUAUGUUUCCAUAUUUGUACCAUGCACGUUCUUUGUCAUUGCUGCAAUAGCGUGGGGUAUUAUAUUCAGAAAGUACCGUACCUCAAUUUUAAUAAAAUGCUAUGAACAUAAAGAAUCUUUAAAUAAUCUAACAAGAAAAAACAAAGAUUAUAUUUAUAUGCCAAAUAGAUAAAAAUUUUUUUUGUAAAUUAUGAUCACAGUUUUUCAAAUAUAAUUUUUAAAACCCCACAAAAUUAAAUUGUAAAUAAAUUCAAUUCCUUUUUAAGGAAAUAACGAAUAUUCUAUUUUUUUUUUAAUCUUGAUCAUUUUUAUAAACACUGUUUCAUUGAAAGAUACUUAUUAGGCCAUUUGUUAAUUUGUUUAAUUAUUUUCUCAAGAUAGCGGGUUAAUUUAUAAAUUUGUAAAAAAAAAAUUAAAAAUUAUUUAAAUUUUAAAAAAAAUAAAAAUAAAAAAAAAUUAUAUUCG